UAAGUAACGCAGAUCAUAAACCAAUAAAAGGAGAGAUUGGAGAUUUCAGGGAUUCUAUAUAUAAGAAAAGUUUAUUUAGACUAUUUCCUUAUGCGUAGUUGCUGUCUGGGCAUGCUGGGAGUUGUGGUUCUGCAGCGGUUGGGGGUUCACAGCUUGAAGACCACUGCUAUAGAGGGUGAAAAUGUAUCUGAGCCCUGGAACUCAAAUAAUGUGAAAUAUGAGAUGAUCAAAAUGGAGCCCCUGCACUAAUUACUUGGGUUCUGGGGUCUGUAAGGUCCAUAGUAAAAACAUCAGGUUCUGUCUAUAGCAGAUACUAAAUCAUUGCAGCUCCAAGAAACAAGCAGUCAUUCUGACAUGUCACAUGUGAUGUCAUAGGCAGCUGGAGUCCUGACAUUCCACUGACAGCCGCCCGAGCCUUCAUUCUGUCGAUUGUUACAGUGAGAUUAGGGAGAUUAGUGAGAUUAGCGUCUUCUUCUUCUACUUGUCUGAAAUGGAGCUAAAAGGUUUGGAGUUCGUCCCCCUCCUGUUGGCGUUUUGGUGUGCGGCCUGGCUUGCCACCAGCUACAUCAUGACGGUCGUCCUCGGCCUUGCAACCUCACCACUGAUGAGCAUCAGUGACGUGGGAAAUUUCUUUCCCAAAAGCAUAUUAUUCAGAAUUGGAUUCAUGGGGACGUCCAUUGGCACUUUGGUACUAACCUUUCUUAUUUAUAAGUAUAUGGUUAUGCAUACUGAAGAGUUCAGGGGUCAUCAGGUCCUGAUCCAGAGGAUCCUGCUGGCCAUUGUGGGGGCCUCCUGUUUUGGCACAGCUGUCAUGCAUGUAUUUUCCCCCAAAGAAUAUGCCAGGAUACACUUUGUCAGCACGAUAAUUUCAAUUACAUGUGAAGCCUUAUACUACCUUGGGCAGUCCAUCCAGAUGUAUAAAUUACCAGGAGCAAACAAAGUCAUCCACCAUAGUAGAUGCACCUGCUGUGGCCUGACUUUUGUCUGCACAAUUUUCUAUUUUGGAUAUGAAACAUUAAAGGAAUUAUUCUAUAAUGAUGAAGACUGGGAAGAGAUCCGUGAAAUCCCCAUCAUAAUCAUCGAGUGGGUGAUGCUUCUACUGAUCCUGAUAAACAUUGUGACCUAUUAUUCCACCAUGCAGAGGUUAUUGUUGACCGUCUCCAGAAACAGCUGCACACUCUCUCUUAGAGUAAAAAUUGACGACUUCGGGGUGUAGACCACCAUGUGGGCCAUCAAGUGGACUUCUGGGAGAAAUACUGCACAGGACACGGAAAAACAAACUAAAGAAGAAUAACUGGGGGACUACAUAUGGUGCCAGUAAUCAUGGCACAAUAAUAUGAGCUGGUGAUAUUACCUAUACAAAAAAAAUA